AUGGGACUAGAAGAGAUUCAAGAACGGCUUAAGAAGCUUAAAAAAGAAAGGGUCAAGCUUUCUAUCGCAAAUCGCAAGGAAAUAGUAAAAGAAGAGAAACUGAAGUCAUCGGAUGGAAAACCUCAAGUAUAUUCCAUGGAUUACCAACCCGAGGGAAGUAAAGAUAUCGAGGAUGAGACACAUAGCUCAAGGCUCCUAAAUUAUAAUAUUUCGGAAUAUGAGAAAUGGGAGGCUAAAGAGAAGUCAAAGCGUAAAUUUAUGGAUGGUGCAGACGCCAGCGACGUUGCAUACCUUACAUAUAAUAAUGGGCUGAAACAGCUGCAAAAGAGUGAAAGACUGCCCAAAGGUAAGGUUACCAAAGGCAUGAUCAGUCAAUCUGGUAAACUUCUACUGAAGGAUGAUAAGGAUUUAGUGGAUAAUCUAGCUGAUACCUUAGAAAACUCGUCUCGGGAACGCUACUUAAAGCGUAAAAAGAAAAUGGAAAGUAAGGCAGGUAAAUCAACAGUUUUGGAUCAAGCUAUCAAUGAGAAGAAUAAACAGUUCAAUGACAAGUUAGCUUCACAGUUUAAAAAACUAGAUAGUUAA